AAAUGCAUUGAAACAAUUUUCACCAGGAAAAAAAGAAGAAAACAUAGAGGGGUAUAAGGGCCAGCAAACAGCAGAGCCUCUGGAGCGGAUAUUUGAAAUAAAUGUGCUCCUCAACACCAAUAAAUUUGAGAAUCCACCUCUCAUUCUGUUGUUUUCCCUUUGUUUUUGUCAAAGCAGUUCCCAACGGUCCAAUUUCACAUGCGCGCCGCUAAGAAUUAAAAUAAUCAAAUUAAGUCCAAACAGGACAGCAACGUUGGGUGACAUAUGAGGACAAGUUUUCGCACAACAAAUUUCAAACUUAAAUAUGAGCUUCGAGUGGAGUGUAGUUACUAGCACUGAAAUCAAGCAAAUGGGGAAUUGCUCUAUGAAGGGUACCACUGGAGAGUGUCACCACUCUAUUCGUGUUAUGUGUGACAGUGGUGCCAUUUUGCAGUUCAAAGCUCCCAAAACAGUAGCUCAAGUGCUUCAACAUUACCCGGGUUAUGGUAUUUUCCGCCAGGGUCAUGCCUCAUCACCUUUGCCAGAGCAAGAGACUUUAAGCUAUGGUCUUUUCUAUUAUCUUCUCCCUCUGAAGGAGGUUCAAGUGGAGCACCAAGAAAGUUGCUGCGACAAAGUCCGAGUUUCAGAGGAAAUGUGCAAAUCUGCAGCAUCAGCAUGUGAUUAUGUUGAGAAAUUGUCAAAUUGGUCAGCCCUUGAAGUGCUGCCAACAGCAAAGAAUGGGGUUUGGAGAGUGAAGUUGGUGAUUGACCCUAGACAACUUGAGAAGAUUUUGUCUGAGCAGGUGAAUACUGAAGCGCUGAUUGAGAAGAUGAGGAUGGCUGCAACUGCAUGUUCUACUACUACUCCUUCUCCUUCAAGGACCCCAACCCCAACCAUGAGCUCUAGGAAACUACUGGGGUGGAAGACAACACUCUUCAAUGCGAAAAUUGCUAAAGACACUUCCCCUGCAGCCUCUAAUUUCUUUUUGGGUUCCUGUUAGGGAAAGCUUUUCUAAUUUCUAUUUGUAUAAUCUAUCUAUAUAUGCAGAAAAGCAUUUAGUAUGCUAGCUAGCUUUUCUCUAAACAAUAGUGGGUCCAUUUAUGAUGUAUUUGGACUACCUGUCCAAAUAUUAAUCUUGUGAUAUGGAUGUAAUGUAAGGAUUAUUAAACAUUUUUCAGUUUUGAA